UCAUGUGACGAGAAGGAAACUCGAAACCUGAAUAUGUAAUCAGGCAAGUUUUACUUCUCAAACGAAAUGACUAUGUGCCAACACACACUACUCAGGGGAAAUCUGACAGAGACAGCGGGGAUUUCACAGGCUGUGAGCGACUGGCACCACAAGGAGCUGGCAAGCAGGGACCCUGGCUCACCUGUGGAACAUGGACACAUUCAAUAAGCUCUCAGCUCCAGCUGGGCACAAGUUCAGGCAACUUCAAAAGAUGGUUCAUGAUAUCAAGAAAAACGAAGGGGGACUCAUGCAAAAGAUCAAAAAGUUCCAAAAUGAUCAAGUGGCGUUAUUUUGCAAAACUGGCAAAGAAACUUGGGAUCGAAUAAAAAUCAAACCGCCACCGCCUCCGACAGUUCCACAGAGAGACUAUGUAUCAGGUGAAGUAGAGGAAGAGUUUGAUGAAUGGUCAGAUGAAACGGGGAGUGAGUAUGAAGAUCCAGAUCCACAGUCGGACUCGGAGACGUAUGUAGUGCCAGGGGAAGAAGAUGACAAUUAUGAGCCACCCCCUACAGAAUCCUUUAAGACUCUUCCUUCGUCUUUUGCUUUUAACUCUGCUGGAGGAGGAUAUGCAGAUAAACAAGGAAGCAGGCAACUACCCUCUAUACCAGAUCAAGCAAGCAAAACGCCUAUGAGGUUACAGCCAAAUGUGAACCAAACAUUCCCCAAGGUAUCGCCACCUUUGCCCAACCAGCGAUUGCACAAUGGAACAAAGUCACUACCUUUGCCCGUACCAAAGCCUCCUUUGCCAAAGCAACCGGUCGCUCCAAGACCCCAUGCAGUGUCUCAAAUCCAGCCUGCCAGCAAGAAGCCAAUGGCACCUCCAAAUAAAAAGUACAUGGAUGAGGAAGAGUAUAUUGUCCCGGGAGAGGAAGAGGACAACUAUAUCGAACCUACACAAGAUCCACCUUUGCCGCCUCCCGUUGUGAACAGAAAUAUAAAACCCGUUCCAUCAACACCUGGUAAAAAUCCUCACACAUCACAUACCCAAGCUGUGUAUGAGGUUCCUGAGAAUGAGCAGAAUCCACCUUCUCCUGUAAAAAGGAAUUCUCUACCUCUUCCAAGAAUCAAUUUAUCAUCAAAAGCUGAGCAAGAGUGUGAAGAUGAAUAUGAAGCAUGUGAUGAACCUGAUACUGUUGGCAACAGAAAAAACACACCGAACAUCCCGUCCCCAUUGCCAAGAAAAUCCAAACCACUUCCUGCAAGGCCGCCAAAGUCGGGCUUUACCCCUCGCGAUGUAAACAGCAAUACUGAAAGGCCCACCCCGGCAGAUCGCAACCGAACCCCAAGUCUUGGAUCAGAACUUCCUCUGUUGCCCCAUUCGGCUCAAAAAUUACCAAUCCCUCCACAUAAAGCCAACAUACUAAAACCCCCCGAAGUUUCAAAUCGUUAUGUGGUCAACCCAAGCCGUAAAAAUUCUCACAGUAGCCCAGAAGAGGAGGCGGGAGUGCUAAAUAAAGAUUGGUAUGCUGCAUCAUGUGAUCGGAAAACAGCAGAAGAAGCUCUGUAUGCAUCAUGCAAGGAUGGCUCUUACCUCGUACGGCAGAGUUCUGGGCAAGAUCCAAAGCAGCCGUACACGCUCGUGGUCUUUUACAACAGGAAAGUAUAUAAUAUACCGGUUCGGUUUAUUGAAGAAACGCGGCAAUUUGCGCUUGGAAGAGAGAAAAGUGGGGAAGAGAAAUUCAGCAGCGUUGCAGAGAUGAUUACAUGUCACCAGCGAAUGCCACUUGUUCUAAUCGACAGUCAGAACAACACAAAAGAUUCCACAAAACUGAAACAAGUGAUAAAAGUGCCAUAGGCUCCACGCGGCAGCGGGAUCUUUGCUCUCUCGGCCAAUGAAAGGCACAAACCAGCACACUGGCACCAUUCCACAGCAGAGAACCAUCUGUGUAUAUAUUUCUAAUUAUUAGGCAAUGGGCUUUCUGUGGUUGUUGCUUGAUAAAUGUCACUUUUCCUCACUGUAAAUAUUGUUAUAUUGUUUCCAGACAGUGCUCCGGCACAAUAAAACAAGAGAUCACAAA